AUGUCGUCUCUUCUGAAGCAGCGCAUAUCGUCGCCGCUCGAGGCCGGCACAUCCAUCCUGGACUCGCAAAAUCUGCCUUCCCAUCUUACACAAGCCCUCGAGUACGCCUCCAAGAGGCUCACCCGGAGGGCACUGCACAUCACCUUGGUCAUCGUGCGCAAGGAAUACCAACUCCCCUCAUCAACACCACCAUGCGCGACGCCCACCUCCGUCGCCUCAACCCCAGCGUCGCCCGAGUUUUCCAUGGGCGCCAUCUCCCCAUCUCGAUUCGCCUCCCCGGUCGUCGGAUUCAGGUCACUCAUCCGCAGGGGCACUAACAGCUCCAUGGCAUCCAUGGCGUCCAUGGCGAGCAUCUCCACCACAGCCUCCGAUUCAUCCUACUGCAGGAGCGCAGCAGUAUCACCGACCUUCACAGACUCUUUCGCCAGCCCUGCUCCCAUGACCCCCAUGACGCCAUGCACACCCGCUUCAGUAGCAACAAUCAGCACCGUCAGUUCAACUGCUUCCAAUGCUUCUGCAGGGGGGCCCAGCCCCUUUGGCAUCCGACUCAUCUACACCACUCCCCUCUCUGCCAAGGACGAGAAGAUACUUCGAUCCACCAUCAUGAAAGCCGAGCGCAAGUUCCGCAUCGGAACAGGCUGGUUGCCACCUGCAGCUACCGCUUCCGCCUGUGGCCUCAACGCGGACUUGGUCCGUCGCAGUAUCCUGCAGAACGAAGUCUUGUUCUCCUCCGAGGGUCUGACACUGCUGGGGCUAGAUAGACUAUACACGUUCAAGUCUGCGCUCGCAGCCUACGCGCGAACAACUCUUCCGCCGUCUUCGCUCUCGUCCCCCAUUUCGGAUAGCACACGCAUCGAGGACGCGGUUGAUGAGUUACGGCGACUGGUGCUGGCCAAUGGUGGACGACAAGUCGCAAAGUCCGACUUACACCGCUCAUAUGAAUGGAUCGGAGUCUCGGCCAGCGCGCUUGGGGACGUCGAGCGCAUGUACCGCCGGGCCUACGGCGGCCUGGACCGGAGCGGCGCAUUUGAACUCACACCCGAGGAGAGAGAACGAGAACGAGAAGUCAGGAUGGUAGUCAAAAUCGGUACACCCCCGCCAGCAAGGACACCAGUCGCCAGGACACCAGUCCUUAAGCUGCAAACAUCCUUCAGCCAUAACACGGAAAGCGUCCUGCCUGCCGUUAUGCGACCAGUGCCUGAAGACGGCGACGUCACUGCACGCCCGAUUCCCGGCCAACCGUUCUGGAACGGCCUUGGCGCGUCCAUUGAUGAGAUGAUGCUGCAGGACGAGGGUCUCCUAGCACCUGGGAGCAACCGGGCGUCCCGAUUGACGAUACAGCGCCUUGGGCCCAUGACGCCUAAUGGGUAUGAUGACAUCUCGCCCGUCACGCGGGGCGAGUGGGGGUUUUUGUUUUCGGGGGACAGUUGGAAGGGGGGGAAGACGGCUGUGGUGGAGACUUGUUGA